AUGGAUUUAAGAAAAUAUUUGCAACAAAAUCAUAAUCAACUUACAUGGAAAGAAAGGAUUCAAAUUACUUAUGAAAUAAUUUUUGCACUUAAUGAUAUCCAUAUAGAGAAUGCAAUUCAUAGAGAUUUGCAUUCUAAGAAUAUAUUACAUAGUCACUAUGUUCAAAGGUUUUACAUUAGUGAUUUUGGAUUUUGUGGUCCAGCAAAUAGACCAUCAAAAAGUAUAUAUGGAAAUCUUCCUUAUAUAGCACCUGAGGUCAUUAAUGGAAAAGAAUAUACUUUUAAAUCUGAUAUUUAUAGUGUUGCAAUGCUUAUGUGGGAAAUUUCAUCAGGUCAACCACCGUUUAUUAAUUACGAACAUGAUUACGAUCUUGCAAUGAAUAUAAUUAAUGGUAUUAGACCAAAAAUUGUACCGGGAACUCCUUUAGAAUAUAAAAAUUUAAUAAAACAAUGUUGGGAUGCUGAUCCAUUGAAAAGACCUGAUGUUUAUACUCUGAAGAAUGAAAUAAAAAAAAUUAAUAUUUUAUACCAAAAUAAUCCAAGUAAAUUAGUGGCAAAUAAUAAUUUAAAAAUAAAUAAAUCAAAUAGCUUAAAAUCAAAAGAUACAAAUAGUACAUUGUAUACGAGUAAACUUCAUCAAUUUGAAACCUUACCUGAACCAAGAAAUGCAACAGAAGGUAUUGUUAAAUACAUUAAUUAA